CCACAACUGCUGAGAAAACCACACAAGAACAUGCCUGCAGAUCCUGGAAAGGUCUCAGCUAUCGUUUUGCACACGUUAGGAACUGAGGGGCAGCAUUUGAUGCUUGGUAUCCUGUUGCACAUUGAAUACCACAUGGCUAUCAAUAUGUUUUUCUUUGCAAUUCAGUCAAUGCAAUGACUGCGAGGCCAGUUGCAAGGAGUAACACCAGUUCUGUCAUAUGGAAGCACUUGGUACAGCUUUGGCGCAUUAUGCCGCCGGCCGUUCAGGCGUGGCGCUGUUGGAUGAGACGGCCGUCGAAGUCUCGUUGCACCUGGAGCUCAGGUUGCGAUUGCUGCUGCGCCGAGCCUUGCGCUUGGCGCGACGGGGGAGAGGCUGCAUGCUCACGCAGCGCGAUGUCGCGGACGCCUGGGAAGAGAUGGAGCGUGGCAACCUCGCUAAGCUCGCCGCGGGCUUUGUCUAUGCGCGCCAGAGCCGAGGCCAGAACGUGGUGAGAUGUUUAUCUUCGGAGCUCUUGAAGGCGAAGGGGCAAAACAGGAGGCCCAGUGGCUCGGUCUCGGGUGCCGCGGGCGACGCGGCCGUGGCGAUCUUGCGCCGGGCCAGCGAGGCGAUCGAGCCGGAGAGGUUUCAAUGCUCUGAAAAAGCUGAAGCUCCGCGACCAAAGAAGCCGCAGCUCAGCCAGGAGCAAAAGGUCAAGGUGGUGAAGUUGGUGGGUGACAUUGAGGCAGCUGAACGCACGCGCUCCGCCUUACAACUGGCGCAGCUGGAUGCCGAGAGCAUGACGGCCGUGGCGGAAUUCUUGGCACAGCAUGUGCCAAAACGGAUAAUGACUGCUGGGGAUGAGGAGCUGCUUGUCUUGCUGGAGAUGCUCGAGUCGAUCACUCUGGGCGCUUCGACUGGCGGCUUACAGCAUCUUCACUUGUGUCUCGCUCCGUUGCUGGUGCUGUGCAUGGGCCACCGGGAUGUGCACGAAGGAUGUCGCAGCUCAUGGUCCUUCGGACAUGGUAGCAAUGUGAGUCGACGUGCAGCAGACGUGCUGGGUCGACUGGUGCGCCAUCACCAACACAGUUGGCCGGAAUUGGGUGAUGAGGUACGAGAGCUGCUCCGCAAGGCUCUGCAUCGUCGCCCCUUUUGGCGCGCGGUCGAAGGCGUUGCCUUUGCUCUGAUGCAACUGGGGCCCCAGGCAGUGCGCGAGGUGCUCCUGCCGGCCUUCGCCACGCGCUGGCGCGGCCCGCAGCCGACGGCGGAUGCCAGCAGCGCAGCGGGCGCUUUGCUUGCGGUGCUCGAGGCCUUGAGGAUGGCUGUGGGCCCUGGAGGUGACCCAAGGGCUGUGAUGAACGUGGUCGAAAACCUCUCCGAAGCUUUUGGAGUCCACGGAGAGCUUUGGCUGGUGGCCUUGGGGACCCUCGCGGAGGCAACGUCCAGCGAGGAGCUCGUCCGGCGAGGUCAAAAGCGUCGGCGGGAAAGUGUGGAUGAUGAGGUCGUCGACGAGGCGAACGAGUCUCCGGAGCCUCGAAGAACCGCUUCCAUGGCAGAGGAAGUGGUCAGAUGUGCACAAGCGAACCAAGAAGCGGUGUUGCACGGGAGGCAGAACCCUGCCCGCAAGUUGGCCAAGGUUCUGCCGGAGAUGUUGGCCUUGCUGUGACCGACGCUGCGAGCGGGCUGACGGAGCCAAAAAAAGCAGCAGGGUAGCGGGCGCGUUGCAGGUCGGCCGGCUCUGCGGGGGCGCCGCUGGUCGGGC